CAGAGAUCAGAUGGGAAGAACCUUUCUGAAAAAUGGUUGUCAAACGUCGGGUCCUGGAUAACCCGGCGGCCACACGCUGCCUUCAGCUCGGCCACGGACUCCACUUUUAAGACCAGAGCUGUCCUCGAAAAACGAUGCAGUCUCUGGCCAUGGAAGUUGGCAGCAGCAGCAGCAGCAGCAGCAGCUCGGCCGGCUCGGUGGUGCAGGUUUGCUUCCCCAGCGCUCAGGCCUCGGUGCUGGACAGCCUGAACCGGCAGAGAGAAGAGGGCCGACUCUGUGACCUGUCCAUCCACGUCCAGGGACAAGUCUUCAAAGCCCACCGCUGCGUCCUGGCUGCGUCCUCACCGUACUUCCAUGACCAGGUACUACUGAAGAACAUGUCCACAGUCUCCAUCCCGGCUGUGAUGGACCCGCUGGCGUUUGAGAGCGUGCUGAGCUGCGCCUACACCGGUCAGCUCAGGAUGCUGCGCGAGGACAUCGUCAACUACCUCACGGUGGGCAGCGUCCUGCAGAUGUGGCACAUCGUGGACAAAUGCACCGAGCUGCUGAAGGAGGGCCGCGCUGCGGCGGCGGCCGGGUCGGGCGGAGGCGGAGGCGGGGGAAGCGGAGGGGGAGGGUUAGGAGGAGAGGGAAGAGGAGGAGGAGGAAGAGGAGGAGGGGGCGUGCAGGAUGGAGCGAGCGGAGGUGCGGCCAACCCCGGGUGCAGCAGCAGCAACGGGGACGGCGGCGCAGGCGGCGGCGAUGCGGUCGGGGGCGACGAGAGCGUGGGUCAGGUCCAGGUGGUGGAGUCCAACGAGCCCCAGAGAGUCUCCCAGCCCCCCAGCCGCCCGUCCGCCAGCGAGAGCCAGUCCCCCAGCAGCACCAACUACUUCAGCCCCAGGGACGGCAGCGGAUUCGGGGGAAGCGGCGCCGCCGCGACGGGAGCCUCGGCGGACGGAGGCGGUGCGAGCAACACCCCCAGCUACUGCACUCCGUCGGGAGGAGAGGAGGCCUUCCUCAUCGAGGAGGAGGAAGAGGAGGAGGAGGACGUGGAGGAGGAAGAGGAGGAGGAGGUGUUGUACCACCAAAGGAAGAGAGGGAGAGGAGGAGGCAGCAGGAGGAGGAAGAAAAUGAGCUCGGCGUCGGAGCAGGAAGUCGGGGUCAGCGACAGCUUUGGUGUGUCUUCCUAUCAGGACGGGGAGGACUCGGCGUUGCCCCUGCAGAAGCGUCCCACCUACAGCCAGCCCAGCAUCAUGCCCCGCAAGCAGUGGGUGGUGGUGAAAACCGAACGCACGGAGGACGACGACCUCAUCGUGGUGUCCGGGGAGGAGGGAGGGGAGGACGAGGAGGACGAGGACGAGAGGGAGAUGGAGCUGGCGAGGGGGAGGGAGAGGAGCAACUUCAACAUCUCUAACGUCAGGAGCCUCUCGGGCGAGAUGGGCGACAGAGCUGAGAACGACAUGGACUCACAGGACUACUGCCAGUCUUCAGAAGACUACCUCAAGUUUGAAGGCAGUCUCAUGGAACAGACGUUAGCUCAGCACCUCCACGACAGCGCCGCAGGUCAGAACCAGAACGCCAACCGCGCCGUUUCCGCGCUGCUGGGCCAGGUCCAGUCUGCAGCGUCGGCCCGGGCCCAGCUCUUCCCCCUGGACAUGCAGGGGAACCAGAUCCUCCUCUACAGCCAGGCCUCCGGACUCUCCCUGGACGCCGCGGCCGUGCCCCCUCUGGGCAUGGCCGGGGGCAUGAUCGGAGGAGCCCAGUUCAAAGGUCCCAGUCUGGAGCACGGAGCGGUCCACCUGUCGGUGCAGGGCGGGCUGGGGGUGGACGGCAUGGACGGCGCGGGGAUCGGAGGCGGAGCCUGCAGCUCCGGCGGUUCGGGGAAAGUGUUCAUGUGCCACUGCGGAAAGACCUUCACCCACAAGAGCAUGAGGGACCGCCACAUCAACAUGCACCUGGACCUGAGGCCCUUCCACUGCCCCGUCUGCGCCAAGAAGUUCAAGAUGAAGCAUCACCUCACGGAGCACAUGAAGACGCACACGGGCCUGAAGCCGUACGACUGCCUCGGCUGCGGCAAGAAGUUCAUGUGGCGCGACAGCUUCAUGAGGCACCGCUCCCACUGCGAGAGGCGUAGCGGCCUGGGGGAGGGCGGGGAAGGAGCGAGCGGCACCGACGGAGCCAGAAGAGGAGGUGGAGGAGGAGGAGGAGGUGGAGGUGGAAGUGAGGACGGGCCGGAUUUCAUUUCCUCUCCGCACCUUCUUCUGUCUGCAGGAGAAGGAGGACAGGGGGGGAUUGUGGGAGGGGGAGCAAGAGGAGGAGUGUCUGUUUCAACUCUUUCUGCUGCUGUUCUGGCACAACAACAACAACAACAACAACAACAACACGUCUCGGCCGCAGGAAGCAACAACAGCAGCAGCAGCAGCGGCAACAUGGCGGCUGCAGGGGCGCUGCUGAGUCCAGGUCAGGGUCAGGGCUCUGGGAUGUUCGGUGGCCUGGGUUUGGGUCGAAGCGUGUGCGACGAAGACGUGUGCGAAGUCGACGAGAGCAGCGUGACUUAAGCCCCCGAACCGUACGCUACGUCCACAACCCUGACACAAAACACGACUGUUUCCCUGAAGCAGACUCCAUCUUCUGCCAGCCUCUGAACCCGUGGCCUCAUAUACAAAAAAAAAAAAAGAAAAACGAAAAAGAAAAAGAAAUGGACCUUUUGUGUCUGAGUAAGCUAACGUUUUAAAUAUCUAAGAUAUUUUUUUAAUUUUUUGGGUUUUGUGGAAGAAUGCGUGUGUGUGUGUGUGUGUGUGUGUGUGUGUGUGUGUGUGUGUGUCGAGAGGAAACCAAAAAUGGGAAAAGACAGCGCUUCACUAACUAACUGUGAACUCCUGUGGCAACGUUAUAUUAUCAGUAGAGUAGAAACUGUUCUAAAUUGCUGUGGUUUUCUGCCGUAUUGUGUUGUGAAAUAUCGCUGUGAUUAGAUUUUUAAGAGAAACACGUAUCUGCAUUUAUUACUAUUUGGAACAAUUAGCUGGAUCAGAAGUUGCAGACAAAGAAAAGUUGCAGUUUUGUGUUUUUCUUUUAAUCUCCUCUCAGCAGCAGCAGCAGCAGCAGCAGCAGCGGUUCAUCUAUUUUCUGCCUCGAUGUAACAGACGUUAACUGUGAGCACUGCCAUGUUGCUUCAGACGACCCCGGUGGUGCUUUGCUUGAAGUUAAUCAUUUAUCCUCCUCCUCCUCCUCCUCCUCCUCCUCGCUGAGGAAGGAAAGCCGGACUGAAGUCAUGUUUAAGCUAAAGCUGUCAAACCCUUUUCUCCUCUUCCUGCUCAUAACUUCCCCUCUGGUGCUUCUACUGCAGUUUGGUGGCUGCAUCGUUCACAGAGUAUACUAUUAAUCUUAUUCCUGUAAAUAUAAAACUAUACGUCAUCCUCCAUCAGGCCUGCAGCUCAGUAGUCCCAGAGGUUUUCCUUCAAGCGUCUCCUGAAUGAUCGACAGAGCAGAUUUAGUUCAGGAUCUAGGUCCUGUAUGUUUGCACAUGAAGAAGUCUCCUUGCUUCAUCGUGAAAAGUGGCACACAUUUUAUUUUUUUUUAUUAUUAUUUUCUACUUUCCGUUCAGACAAACACGUCCUGACCUCCCGGAAGUUUGUAACUGUUCCGCCACGGUGCUUUAUUAUAUUCACAAACCGGAUCAGUGUUAAAACUCUACAGAAGGAAAAGCUGCAGACGUUCAAGGCGCUGAGCUCACUGGCUUAAUUUAGGAAGAAACGAGAUUUUCUUCCGGUUAGGUUUUAAAACGAUGCCUUGUUUGCAGGAAACACUGAGAAUAUGAACAUCGUGGCGCAACAUGAAGGAUGAUUUAAGUGCCUCUUGUUGGUUUUCUGGACUAAAGCAGUGUUUGCUGGUUUAAUUCUGGAGGUGAUGGUUAGUGGAGGAGCUUCACUAACCAACUUAAGACCGGUUCAGCGUUUUAUUUUAGAUUGAUAGAUUAAGAUAUAAAGCUGAGUAAAUAUGAAUUUUACAUUUUUUUAAACUACCUGGAGAAGAAAGAAACACUUCCUUGUCUCAAUAUACCAGAUUUCCUCCAUAAAAGUUCUAAAUAUUUAGUAAUAGUUAUAAAUAUCAUGAAAUAUUGAUAGUUUAAGUGUUAAUUAUUCAUUACUAUAGUAGUAAAGUUAUUUCUAUGUUAAUUAUGAUCAGGUCACUGGUAACUUGCCAGAUUUAAGCUGAUUAAAUGAUCUCAAAUAAAUACAUUAAGUGGCUAAAUAAUGUUAAUAGCCACCACUGAAUGAAUAUUUGGAGACAGGCUGUUAUUGGUGCCAUGUUACUUCAUGGCUUCAAGUUCAUCUUUGCUUCACUGUGAAACAAAAGUGAACGUUUUAAUCUACCUGCUGAAAUAUAACCUCAUAACCUUGUGUCCUGUUACCCCGUUGCGGUGAAAGGACUCUAGUAGUUCUGUGUCUUAGCUGUAAUAUAAUAUCAGUACUGUGUGAUGCAUUUAGGGACCAUAUCUUUAUUAUUAUUACUACCACUACUGACAGAUGCCACAGAGGCUCAGUAGAUUUCUCGGUAUUUAUCAUGAAGUAAAAUUUUAAUUAUUCGUAAUCUUGUUAAAAUGACAAAAAAAAAACAAAAAACGUAUAGCAUAUUUAUUUAUAUAGAUUUUUGCUGAACCACGCAGCUCAGUAAAAGCUUUUUAUUGCGGCCACCAAUUAUUGAUAUGACAGGUAACCAUGGCAACAGCACUAACGCUUUUAAAUUUUCGUUGAAUCAGUUCAUUUUCAGAAAGAAAAACUCUGAAAUUUAAAGAAUAUUCAGUGUAUUUUAAGGAAAAAAAUGGGAAAUUGUGUCGUUAUUUGUUAUAAAAUGCUUUUAUUUUGUUCCUUUUAGAGAGGGAGUGGCGCCCUCUGGUGGCUGAUAUUGGUACCGCGUCAUAACGCAUACCUACAUAAAUGUGAUAAUACUUCACGAGGAGAUGUAGCUGUAUUAUUGUUUUUAUUUCUAACCUAUUUUAACCAAAUCUAACUGUGUAGAAAAUAUAUUCCAGUGUAGCUGCAGCAGCAGUGCUGAGUAAAUAUCACACGUGACCUCUUAGACUUUUUUUUUUGUUUGUUUGUUUGUUUCAUGUGAAGAGAUGCAGAGUUUAUGCUUUUACCUUCCGUGAAGGUUCAGCUUGGAUGUUUUAUACUGAGCUCAGUCUCGGUGAAAGGGUUUUUGUAUGUGAUGGACUUCUGGUGUUUCCUCUGUGAAUCUGGUUCAGCUCCAGAGAAAACACUGGAAGACAGUUUAGAGCAGAAAAAAAAAAAAACACCGAAAGUGUUUUGUGAAACCAGAAGACAAAAUAAUUUUAUUUUUUACAUCCAGUGAUCAAAGAAGAAGAAGAAGAAGGUCAGAUGUUAGAUUCAGUGACGUUCAGGAAACUACAUGUGUCGGAUCUAAACUUUUUGUUUUAUAUCAGAUCAAAUAUUUAUGUUCAUAUUAAGAUGUGACUGCAGCAGAGUUACAGCUCAACAACCGGUGAAUCGGGUAGAAAAUUUACAAUUUAUGACAAUUAAAAUCCCUCAAGUAACGUAUAAAAGGUCAACAAUGUGUGGUUUGUAGAGACUUUUACUUUCAGGAAGUGCGAACACAACAAGGAAGGGCUCCGAAAAUAGAGAUGAACAAACGAGAUGGUUCUCAUUUUGAAUUUGUUUAAAGUUUCCAGGUUGCUGAGGGACAUUUUCUCCAUCUUCACCUGUUGCUCUCACACUGAACAGGAUAAAAACUACAACCGUGUUACAUCUUUAAACUGAAAACCUAGACUGAAGUAUUUUUGUUAUUUUUCUACAUUAAAUGUUACACAGCUUCCUACGUGUCCUCUGAUUGACCAGCUGAUUGUUGAACAGUGAUCACACACAGCAACAUUUGUAAAAAAAAUAAAAUAAAAUAAGAUAAAAAAAUCCUAUGUGGUACUAAUAAUUAACUGCAGUACUUCAAUAUUCAACUCUCACAUGUAUGAAAAUAAUAAAUUAUUUGGAGCAAAUUAAAAACCUCUGCCUGACUGGA